AAAUUGUAAGAAGCGAUGGGAAUUCUAAUUCCAGUGUUUGAAUUUCUUUGAGAAUCCUGUUCCCGCAAAGCAUUAAGUUCAGCUCAAUACGAGAGAGAGGGGGAGGACUAUGGAGGCAAGAAAAGAAGGUGGAGUUUCGAGGAAAGCGAACAAGCAUCAUGAACAGUAUAAUCGCUUCAGAAACCAAAGAAGGGGAAAAAAAAAAAACCAAAUGAGUAUGAUAUCAAGUGGUGUUGUUUACCCCCAAAAAAAAAAAGAAGAAAAAAACACAUUUUAUAAUCAAUCAAAAACACAAAAGAAAAGUAUAUAAUAAAAAGAGAAAGAAAUAAAAGAAAUUUGAAAUUUUUUGUUGUUUUACAACUCCCGAAUCUCGUGGGUGCCCAUCCAAGGCAAAAAGUCUAUUCCAACAUUGAUUUUUCAAAGCAUUUCUUAUUAUUAUUGUUCAAUUUAGUUGUUUUCCAAUUUUCUUUUUUGGGUUUUCUUUGUUUUUGUUUUUGUUUUGUUUGGUUUUCCAAUUUGUUUUUGUUUCUCUAUCUAAACAGUUUUGUCAAAAGAAAGAUUUUAAUUAUACCCCUCUUUCUUUCUUUCUUUCUUUCUCUCUCCUCUUUUUUUUGAUGUUUUUGUUUGUGUUUGACCUUUCGAUGGUUGGAUAUGUGGUAAUGUAUCUGUCACUGCACCAAAGCUGACAGCCCCCCUAUUUAACAAGUAAAAAUAUUUAUAUAAUUUUUUUUGUUUUUGUUGAUUUACGGUGGAUAGAGAGUCACACAGAUAAAUAGAGAGAGAUUCUUAUUAGACACGAUUUUUUAUUUUUUUUAAAGUUCUAAAUGUUAUUGGGUGGGUGAUUUUGAAGGACCUAGGGUUUCAUCCUUUACACUACUCGUAUAUUCGGUGCCUAUAUUUAUGAUUUGAAGCUACGGACUGACGAGGGUCGUCGAUCUUUCUUGAUUUCUUCAUCUGGGUUGUUUGAAUUCCUCAAUUUCCUCAUCUGGGUCGCCUUAGUGGGUUCUUUGUUGUACGAUUAGGGUUUUCGUUGUGCUGAAUUCUCUUGGUUGAAGUCGAGGUCUUUGGCUGCCUUUGUGCUGAAUCAGGUUGGGGGCUGUGUUUUGGUGUAGAUGGUUUGCAUUGGAUGAGGAUUUUGGAAUUGAUGUGCAGCUUUGGAGUUUUUGAUGUAGUGACUUUAAUGGUUUUUGGGUGCUGACCCUUCUGGGAGGAACUUGAUUGACUCCGGUGGAAGGGAGUGACCUCACUCAUAAAUGAUGUUUCAUGUUCAAGGAGCUUCAAAACACACUUGUGGUCUCCUUGCAGUCUUAAGUGGGAGAUCAUCCGAAUACAAGCACAAGCAAGGCGCAGAUGACGGGUUGAGAUACCCCUUUCCAGAGAUUGUUUCUUCAGGGCGUUUAGAGGUUCAAACUCUGAACAGUCCAAGUAUAGACGAGUUCCACAAAAUUUUGGAUUCAUCUCAGCCAAAUUUUGUGUAUUUGCAAGGAGAACAGCUUCCAAAUGAUGAAGUUGGAUCUCUUGUGUGGGGAGGUAUUGACGUGUCCACUGCUGAAGCUGUAGCUGGGCUCUUCGGUUCCACAUUGCCAACCACUGUUUAUUUGGAGAUCCCAAAUGGAGAAAAGUUGGCUGAGGCUCUUCAGUCUAAGGGAAUUCCUUAUGUGAUAUAUUGGAAGAAUGCAUUUUCUCGUUACGCUGCUUGCCAUUUUCGGCAUGCAUUAUUUUCAGUGGUACAGAGCUCAUCUAGCCAUACUUGGGAUGCUUUCCAGCUUGCUCAUGCUUCCUUGAGGCUUUACUGUGUAAGAAACAACCUUGUCCUUCCUGGUAACAGCCAGAGAAGUAAUGAUAAGCUGGUUCCAUACCUUCUUGGAGACCCUCCCAUGAUCAAUGUCACUCUACCUGAGAUUGCCCCAGCGGAUGAUGAUGAAAGCUCUCUGGAUGGUCUACCUGCUAUAAAGAUAUAUGAUGAUGAUGUGAACAUGAAGUUUCUUGUCUGUGGAGUGGCAUGCACAUUGGAUGCAUGCUUAUUAGGAUCUCUGGAAGAUGGCCUCAAUGCCCUGUUGAGUAUUGAAAUACGGGGGAGUAAACUUCAUAACCGAGUUAGUGCCCUACCACCGCCUCUUCAGGCAGGAACAUUUUCUCGUGGUGUUGUGACAAUGCGAUGUGAUUUAUCAACAUGUAGUUCUGCCCACAUCUCACUUCUAGUUUCAGGCAGCGCACAAACUUGCUUUGAUGAUCUGCUCUUGGAGAAUCACAUAAAGAGUGAAGUUAUUGAAAAGAGCCAGCUGGUUCAUGCACUGCCAAACUGUGAGGAAAACAAACCUCCUCUGUCAGAACCACGGAGAUCUGCUUCAAUAGCUUGUGGGGCAGCAGUAUUUGAAGUUUGCAUGAAGGUUCCUUCAUGGGCUUCACAGGUUCUGAGGCAGCUAGCACCAGAUGUUUCAUAUCGUAGUUUAGUUGGACUUGGCAUUGCCAGCAUUCAGGGAUUAGCCGUUGCUUCAUUUGAGAAAGAUGAUGCAGAGCGAUUUCUUUUCUUCUGUACUAGGCCCGGGGAAGAUCUUAGUUUAAGCAAUUCUUAUUUUGGCAACCAUCCCAGCUGGUUGAGACCACCCAUUCCUAGUAGAAAGAGGUAUGAAAUGUGCCGAGAAACAAGUCUGGGCUUUCAUAAUGGUUUGGUCUCUCGAAAUCAAGCUUCUGUCAAAAGGGAAGACCGGGAGGAUAAGGAUAUGGGAUUGACAAAUGGGGUUAAUGUGCCCUUUGUACCCGUUAGGCAAAAAUUGAAAGUUGCGGCAAUGAGACCCAUUCCUCAUAUUCGUCACCAGAAAAUGCUUCCGUUUUCUGCAACAGUUGAGGGGGAUGGACAUGAAGGGGGCCAAGUAAAAGCUAACUUGUCAGUUGCUCCUUUGUCGAAGCACAGUGUGGCGGGAUCAAAUCCUGUUACCCAUCGGAAAUCAUAUUCAAAUUCAUUUCAGGCUAAACAGAUUAUUUCAUUGAAUCCCUUGCCUCUGAAGAAACAUGGUUGUGACCGAAGCCCAAUUCAUGUUUGUUCUGAGGAGGAGUUCCUCAAGGACGUAAUGCAGUUUUUAAUCCUUCGAGGGCAUACCCGUCUCAUUCCUCAAGGUGGGCUUUCAGAGUUCCCUGAUGCUAUUCUUAAUGCAAAACGACUGGACCUCUUCAAUUUGUAUAGGGAGGUGGUUUCAAGAGGUGGCUUUCAUGUUGGCAACGGCAUCAAUUGGAAAGGACAGGUUUUCUCCAAGAUGCGCAAUCAUACAGUGACCAAUAGAAUGACUGGUGUUGGGAACACGCUUAAAAGACAUUACGAAACUUAUCUUCUGGAGUACGAAUUAGCUCAUGACGAUGUAGACGGAGAGUGCUGCUUGUUAUGCCACAGUAGUGCAGCAGGGGACUGGGUGAACUGUGGUAUAUGUGGCGAGUGGGCCCAUUUUGGUUGCGACAGAAGGCAGGGCCUUGGUGCCUUUAAGGAUUAUGCAAAAACAGAUGGACUAGAAUACAUUUGUCCACAAUGCAGCAUUUCAAAUUUCAAGAAGAAACUGCAGAAAACAACAAAUGGAUAUUCUUGAUGCAUUACAGUUUGACAACCAUUGGAUUAGGGUUCACUUGACCUCUUUUUAAAUUUUUAUUUCUCCCAUCUCCAUUUAUGAAGGAAUUAAAUUUUUUUGGGGGGUUCCCAAAUUGUCCUAGGAGUAGGUCUACAUGUAUUAUUAAGUUGUCCCCAUUAUUCUACAUCAAUAGGUGGCUUUGGACUUGGGGAGACGAGAAUAUGAGUGAGAAGAGAAAAUGGGAGAAAUGGAAGCAAAACAAUUUGCAGGCACUAAUUUACCGAAGGGUUGUAUGUAAUAUGGUAAUCAUGUUCUUGGGCACAUGUUUUGUAGCUGUUGUAGCAUUAUAGUUAGCUUUUAUGGAAUCAUUAUUGGUAGUUUUCCUCU